GUGCUUUGGUCUUUUGCCCGGAGGAAACGUGCACGUCCUUCGGGAGUCGCCCGCCUCGCGGCCGGACUGGAGGUGGGGGGUUCACAGUAAAAGUCAAGGUGACAGCUCCUGCUCGUCUGGGUCACGCCAUGACGGGGGACUUGGUGGUCCGGCGAGGCCUGAACUGGAUGAAACAGGCGGCCAGCCGGGCCUCGACAGGCAGCCUGAGCAGCUCCAGCAGCCGGAGGCGCGUGGACUUCCUGCACGCCGUCCGAUCAGCGAAGAUGAAAAGCUGCGUCCAUGGAGUUGCAGCGACACCGGUGUGCACCUAUUUCACUUCCUGCUUCUCUGGGCGGGUGCGUGGCAGCCAGGGGUCGUGCAGUGGAAGAUCCAGCGCUAAACAUCUGGAGUACCACAGGAACUGGUCGGGCCUUCUUUACUCUGGACAACGGCAGCUUUUUAACCAGAACAGCAGUGUGGGGCGUCUAACAGCCGAGGACAUGAACAAAGCAAGAAGAGCCAAAAACCCUGAAGCCAAGAAAUAUAAACAAGUGCUCAGUGAAAACUCCAGAGAGAGGAGGGUGCCCGUCACUCGACUGGGAAGGCUGGUGAAUUUUGGAGGAUUGGCAGUCAGCCUCGGCAUUGGAGCUCUUGCAGAAGUGGCCAAGAAGAGUUUAAAACCCAAACAAGAAGGCACCAAAAAGGCCGUGUUGGAUUCCAACCCUUUCCUCUCUGAAGCGAACGCCGGAAGAAUCGUCAGGACGCUCUGCAAAGUUCGAGGGGCCGCUCUGAAGAUCGGGCAGGUCCUCAGCAUUCAAGAUGACGCCUUCAUCAACCCUCAGCUGGCUAAAAUCUUUGAGCGAGUUCGGCAGAGUGCGGACUUCAUGCCCACGAAGCAGAUGAUGAAAACCAUCGACGAUGAUCUGGGUCCAAACUGGAGGACCAAGCUGGAGUACUUUGAGGAGAAGCCGUUCGCGGCUGCGUCCAUCGGUCAGGUGCACUUGGGGAGGCUGAAGGACGGCAGAGAGGUGGCCAUGAAGAUUCAGUACCCAGGAAUAGCCAAAAGUAUCGACAGUGACGUGAGGAACAUCAUGACCGCUCUGAGUUUGAGCAACGCUCUGCCUCAAGGCUUGUUCCCAGAACACCUCAUUGAGGUCAUGAGUCGUGAACUGGCGCUGGAGUGCGAUUACAUAAGAGAAGCAAACUGUGCCAGAAGAUUUCAAGAGCUGCUGAAGGAUCAGCCGUUUUUCAGCGUGCCCGACGUGAUCGACGAGCUGAGCAGUAAGCGCGUCUUCACCACAACGCUGGUGUCUGGGUUCCCCCUGGACCAGGCCACAGAGCUCUCUCAGGAGCUCAGGAACGAGAUUUGUGAGCAGAUUUUGAUUUUGUGCCUCCGAGAGCUUUUUGAGUUCAGAUUCAUGCAGACGGAUCCAAACUGGUCCAACUUCUUCUACGACCCCCAAAUUCACAAGGUUGCGCUGCUGGAUUUUGGAGCAACACGAGAAUUUGACAAGAGUUUCACCGACUCGUACAUCGAGAUUAUUAAAGCAGCUGCAGAUCAAAACAGAGAACGGGUUCUGCUUAAAUCAAGAGAAAUGAAGUUCCUCACAGGAUACGAGUCAAAGGCGAUGGAGUACGCCCACGUGGACGCGGUGAUGAUCCUGGGAGAGGCCUUCUCCUCGGAGCAGCCCUUCGACUUCGGGGAGCAGAGCACCACCGAGCGCAUCCACCGCCUCAUCCCGGUGAUGGUGAGGGAGCGACUCACGCCGCCGCCAGAAGAAACCUACUCCCUCCACAGGAAGAUGGGCGGCUCCUUCCUCAUCUGCUCCAAGCUAAAAGCCAAAAUCUCCUGCAAGAACAUGUUCCAGGAGGCGUACAGGAAGUACUGGGAGGGCGGACACCCCGAGUCCCAGCAGUGAGGACCAGGCAGCUUCACACAAAGAAUAACUAGAAUUAGUUUUCUUCUGACACAUGAAGCUUCUGGAGUGUCCUGAUGUUUUUUAUUAAACUCUGCGGCGACGCAGGCCCAACGCAAGCGAGCAAAGAAACGUGACAAAGUUUCCGAGGCGUCUGGUCAGUCGCUUGUUUUGACCAAGACGAACUUCAGCUUUACUCUCUGCACCGAGUAUCUGAACGUUUUCAGUAAAUAUAUUACCUGUACUGUACACCUUAUAGUAACGUGCCUGUAGUACCCGAGUACUCAGUCUGACCAGGAGGAUCAGAAAAACUCCUUGAAAAAAAAAUGUAACGCCAAAAAUGAAAAGUGCAGCAUUCCUUGGAGGAAUGCAUAUCGCCCGCCGCCGUACAUGAGCUGAGAAAAGACCGAGUCUGUUCAGUGAAACUUUAAAAACUACGGGCGGUGAAUAACUCCGAUACUACCACUCCAAAUUUUAGCUCAGUACCGACGUUUAACCAUUUCUGUGGUUAGCUCUGGCAGCCAUUUUGAAUUUGACGGAGACGAUAAAUUAUCCAGUAAUUUCUUUCUGAGAGCUUCAUUGAAAUUGGUCCACUGGUUGUCGAGAUAUUUUGCUAACAGCCCAACAAGUUUUAUCAGUUAGAUGUUCCUCCAGUAAUAACUUUUUAUAAAAAAUAAAAUGCGUAACCGCACGGAUGAACACAUGAUUGUGUGAAGAGUGGCUGCACUCUGGAUAAUUAGGGUCUCGUCACGUUUAGCUUCAGAUUGUUUGAAAUUAUUUUUCCUUAAAUAAAAUCCAAAGCUGAAAUCAAUUUUUUCUGAAAUAACG